AUGCGCCAACCUCAGCCUCCUCAGGUGACUUGGGUUACAGGCAUGCGCCCCCGCGCCCGGCGCGAAACUCAGCUGCAAGAAAAGAAGUCACCGGGGAAGGAGAGCCCCCGCAGCCGCAUCCCACGCUUGAUCCUACAUCCUUUCCACCCUAAUGAGAAAGGGUCACCUCUGUCCGAAUCACCCAUUUCAGAGGAGGAGGGUAAGGAUUGUGACAUCAGCUCGGACAACUCCAAACGGACCAUCAGCACCAACAGCUUUUGCUCAGUUGACUGCUGUGUGUUCCAUGCUGCAUGUGUAUUCUUGGCUAUACCUGUCUACAUAGAUGACACCGGCUGCCCCAGUAGUCAGUCUGUGUCCCCCUCCAAAACCCUGUCAGGCUCAGACAACAGUCCGCAUGGCUCCCCCAAGCUCACCGCCGAGUGCAAGACCAAGGUGAAGAGGGUGAGGGUGAUGGAAGAGUGGCACGCACCCCCGCCAAGGCACAAGAGGGAGCAGCGAUCGACCACAUUGCCCAGAGGUAGUGAGGCAGACUUCAGCUCCUCUAGCAGCACGGGCAGCCUUAAGAGAGGGGGGAGCCUGGCCCACAACUCCACAGGGAAGAAGGUCUCCUCACGCAGUCGUGGUGCCCACAUCAGGAGCCUCCCUGUGUUCAAGCUGGCAGGGAUCCCCUCAGCAUCCCGUGAUGCGGAACUCUAUGCCCCGUACAGGACAGUCCCCUCAUCCACCAACAGCAGCAGCAACUCCAGCCCCACAGUACCCUCCAGAAGGAUGACUCCCAGAAGAUAUCACUCCUGUGGGGACAACCAUGGCAUCAGACCCCCCAAUCCAGAGCAGUACCUCACCCCCCUGCAACAGAAGGAGGUGGCCAUUCGCCACCUGAGGAGCAAGCUGAGGGAGGUGGAGAACACCGUCCACGACAGGGAGUCUGAGAUUGAGAAUCUCAAGUCCCAGCUGGGACGGAUGAGGGAGGACUGGAUCGAGGAGGAGUGCCACCGCGUCGAGGCACAGCUGGCCCUAAAAGAGGCACGCAAGGAGAUCAAGCAGCUCCGGCAGGUUGUGGAGACCAUGAAGAGCAGCCUGAUGGAGAAGGACAAGGGCAUCCAGAAGUACUUUGUCGACAUCAACAUCCAGAACCGCAAGCUGGAGUCCCUGCUGCACAGCAUGGAGAUGGCCCAGAGCGGCUCCACGCUGCAAGACGAGCCAACCAUGGACUUCAUCUGUGGCGACUCCGACUCCCCUGUCAACGACAAGCAGGGGGAGGUGGGUGACCAGGCGGCGGAGGAGAUGGCGGACAGUGGGCUGCUGGUCAACGACAACCUGGAGCACGUGCUCAUGUCCACGGCGGUGGACUCCAGCCACGACUCUAGCGGUAAGCUGCGCUGCCACCCAGAGGCUGGUCCGGGGGUGUCCACUCUACUCCACAGUCUGGAGGAGAUCACACCACUGCCUUCACAACCCUCCAACACAUUCUGCUACAGCACACUCCCCUUCCCCGCUCCAGAGGACAAGGCCGUUCAGACCGAGGUGGUGUCCUUCCCUCCUGACCUGCACACCCUCCUGCUGCAGCUGCUGAAGCUCCAUGGUGGUGCAGUUGGAGAUGCUCUCCUCCCAGCUUCUACCAGCCUCCUAGAAAUCCCAGCACUGCAGGGCCCAGACUCGGCCCCUAUCCCAUCCACCCCUAACCAGUCCACCUUAAGCCUGCCUAGCCCCAGCCAGCCCACCCCAGUUUUGCCAGUGAGCCCUGACAUGUCCAGUGAUUCAGGCCUGUGUUGCUCAGACCCUGAGGUGAUGGUCUCCAUGCGCUUCAUGGAGGAGCUGGAUUUUGAGGUGAGCAGUGAGGAGCCCUGCAGGGCCUCCGAGAUGGACGUGGUCAACAAACGCUAUUGGAGCAGCAGCUUCCUUGUUGAUCUUGUUGCUGUGGCCGUACCAGUGUUGCCCACGGUGGCCUGGCUGUAUUCCCGGCAUGGAGUGGAUGGGGCGGCGCCAGUCUACAACAUCGCAGCACUGAUCCGCGGCUGUUGCAUGAUGGGAUUGCACUCUCUCCGUCAUGUCACUCAUCAUCAUGGGGCAGAUGUGUAACGGCCUCUGACCCCCGCAUGCACAGCCCGACCCCUCAACUUGAAGCACUUCAACAUCAGUUAAUCAAAGAGUAUUUGUGAAAAUCUUUAGUUUUUCUACACUUGUGAAUAUUAAAGCUACAGUUAUUACUUUAGGUUCCCACGCGGUUACUUUGCACUGUGUACAGUUGUGAGUUAUGUCAAAUAGUGAAAUUAUUUAUGGUGAAGGGAUUUUGUUCAUUUUAUUUACUUUCCAUCUGUUCUGUUAUCAUAAUUGUGUCUAAAAUGGAUAAUCUGAGUAGGUGGUUAUGCAUCAUUGAUGUCCUGGGCUGGCACUAGUUACCCCUACUUAAAGCAGCCAUGUUAUUUUUCUGAAAGUAUUAGGAUUUCUGAGGGUGGGGAUGAAAUUGAAUGUUAGUUUAAGCAAGCGUUUGUAAUGGUUUAUGUUCCAAAAUCUUAAACCUGCAGCCAAAGCUUUAUUAGUGAACGUUCACUCUUAAUGUUUAUUUUUCUACCUGGGAGUAGAGCUUUUUACGUACGUGGAACAACUUGUUGAUAGGAGUAUGAGAUCAACGCUUCAAAACAUCCCAUACUCGUUUGUGCCUGAGCUACUGUGUAAUACUCGUAACAUCAAAUGUCCUAAUAUAUUUAUUAAAGCAUGAUAAUCCAA